UUGUUUUGGUUUUAGUUCCACCUCAUAUUUUAUAUGUGUUCCAAACUUCUUCUUGGAAUGUAACUUCCUUAAUAACCCUCCAACAAAGGCCACUUCAACAUCUCUUGUAUGAGAAUUCUCUAGAGGGGGAAAAAGAGAAAAUGGCAGCUUGCACUGUGUACUCAACACAAUCUCUCAGCACAAAUUGCUCCAUCUCAACCCCAUCAAAAACACAACUGAGUUUUCACCAAAAGCAGGUAGUAUUCUACACCACAAGCAGGAGGAACAGCAAGAGGGGCAUCAACAGUGGCAGAAGCUAUGUGAUAACAUGUGCAGCAAGUGACCAACAGACAGUGGUGAUUGGUCUGGCUGCUGACUCAGGUUGUGGAAAAAGUACCUUCAUGAGGAGGCUUACCAGUGUGUUUGGAGGAGCAGCAGAACCACCAAAGGGUGGCAACCCUGAUUCCAACACUCUCAUCAGUGACACCACCACAGUCAUAUGCUUGGAUGAUUACCACUCAUUGGAUAGAACUGGCAGAAAGGAGAAGGGAGUCACUGCCCUUGACCCCAGAGCCAACGAUUUUGAUCUGAUGUAUGAACAAGUUAAAGCAAUCAAAGAUGGAAUUGCUGUUCAAAAACCAAUCUACAACCAUGUCACUGGUCUCUUGGACCCCCCUGAGCUCAUCAAACCUCCCAAAAUCUUAGUCAUUGAAGGUUUGCACCCAAUGUUUGAUUCCCGUGUCAGAGACCUCUUGGACUUUAGCAUCUACCUAGACAUUAGCAAUGAGGUGAAAUUCGCUUGGAAAAUUCAGAGAGACAUGGCAGAGCGUGGACAUAGUCUUGAAAGCAUCAAGGCUAGCAUUGAAGCAAGAAAGCCUGAUUUUGAAGCAUACAUUGAUCCACAAAAGCAAUAUGCAGAUGCUGUGAUAGAAGUGUUGCCAACUCAACUGAUUCCAGAUGACAAUGAGGGUAAGAUUUUAAGAGUGAGGUUGAUACAGAAAGAAGGAGUUAAUUUCUUCAGUCCAGUUUACUUGUUCGAUGAGGGCUCUACCAUUUCAUGGAUACCAUGUGGAAGGAAGCUUACAUGCUCCUACCCUGGCAUCAAAUUCUCCUAUGGACCAGACACUUACUACGGAAAUGAGGUGUCAAUUGUAGAAAUGGAUGGACAGUUUGACAGAUUAGAUGAACUAAUAUACGUUGAGAGUCACCUAAGCAACCUUUCUACAAAGUUCUAUGGAGAAGUUACUCAACAGAUGUUGAAGCAUGCUGAUUUCCCCGGCAGCAACAAUGGCACAGGUCUCUUCCAAACCAUAGUUGGUUUGAAGAUAAGAGAUCUAUAUGAACAGAUAGUAGCCACCAGGGCUGAGACUCCAGUAGCUGCAAAAGCUUAGGAACCAAACCUCCCAUUUAUACACAUAUUGAGCAAGAAAACCAUUGAAUUCUCAAAUCAUUUUCUUCUUCAUGCUAUCCACCAUUCCACUCUAUUUCGUGUUAUUUUCUCUCCUGUUAGGCUGUUCUGCAUGAUGAUAAUGGAAACACUAUAUCUAUGUAUGUACGUAUGUACUUAUCCGAGAAGAGAAAAGGAGGCUGAGAUUGAUUCA